UUUCCCACUUAAACACCACUUUGGCGGAUGAACAGUGAGGGGAGCACAUCGAAGAGAGCGAAACAAAAGUAAACUAAGCAGCUUUAAAAGUUAGAAGCUGUUCGAAAUGCUUCCUUGUGGACCGGAGUAAGUCUAAAACAGAGCGGUAAACAACACAUUGAAUUGAUUGUUCUUGAGUGACUUUUAUUUUUGUGGACAACACAAUGGCUUUCACGCACUUGCUGCUGUGUGCGGGGAUGUUGACACUGCGCUUGUGUGGAGCCUACUAUAGCGGACCUCUUCAGCCUGAGAUGUCUAAUGGCACUUUUCAUCAUUACUUCGUGCCGGACGGCGACUACGAGGAAAACGACGACCCGGAGAAAUGCCAACUGCUCUUCCGAAUGACCGACGAUCGAAAGUGCGGUCACGAGGACGACCAGGACUCCGUCAUCCGGGACGAUUUCACCAUCAUCAAGCGACAAAUUGAGGACUCUGCUCGGGUGCUGGAGGGACUCGGGAGGAGCAUCUCCUACGACCUGGACGGAGAGGACAGCUACGGGAAGUAUCUUCGGAGAGAGACCUCGCAGAUAAGCGAUGCCUUCACGAACUCCGAGAAGUCCCUGUUGGAACUUGAGGUGAAGUUCAAGCAGAGCCAGGAGAGCGAGUUGAAGGAAGAGCACCGGCUCAGCGACGACUUCCUCAACAUGAUCGUGAGCACCCGGGACGCCCUAAAGGAGACACUGGACAUUUCUCUGGGCCUGAGGGACAAACAUGAGCUCCUCUCGCUCAUCAUCCGCAGUCACGGUACACGCCUCAGUAGACUGAAAAAUGAAUACAUGAAGUACUGAGACAACCUUUCAUUGGUGUGCUGUUAUUUUAUGAAGCACCGUGAACUCGAGGGAAAUCAGACCCAUCACAGGCACAAUCCCCCCUCUAAAAUGGCAAAUUCUGAAUUUAUUGUUGUGGUUAUGUUUGCACUGGCAUAAAUUCACAGCAUCAUAUUGUGAGUUGUUUAAUAUUUUUGCUCUUCUCGUGUAAUGAGCUACAGUCUUAAAAAUUAGGAAUAGCUUUCAUUGUGAAGUGCAGUUUACAGUACACCAUAGCAAACAACAGGGGUAAAUUUAUAAUAGUGAAAUUAAAUCUCUUUGUCGAUCAAACAAAAGCAUGAUUUUUAGCAUGAUCUCUGUACAUUCCAGUGUAUGCUGGCUGUCCUAAAUUUACCACUUCUGAUCAUCGAAAUAACAGGCAGUCUUGGAAAGUACAGUACAUUAGUAAGUAGGCAGCAGUUUUUCCUUAUUCAGUGCCAAGUUCGGAUCCUUAUCUAAAAUGCAGUUUUAUUCCAUGUGUUUGUCAGCAGUUAUUGGCCCGGUUUCGUGCACUAAAAAAGGAAAGGCAUUAUUCUGAAGUAUGUAUGUGUAUGGUUUUCUAAAAACAAAUAUAAUACAAAUAAGCUAUCCAGCGGGAGACAGUAUAAUGAUAAUAAUCCCCCAAAUUUUAUGUGACAGAAAAAACAGCUUUUUCUGCUUCUUGCCAGAUUAUACAAAGUAGCUAAUACUUUAAUAUUUUUAUUCUUGUGCAAUACAUGACAUAUCUGGUUCCCCUGAUUAAAAAAAAACAACAACAAAAAACAACAAAAAAACAUUACUUGUGUUUGGGUAUAUGUAAAACAAAGAAUUAUCAAAACUAUAAGGUAGUCUGAGAUUUUCCUCUGUCAUGGAAUGUGUGGUCUAAUCAACCACAGUUAUGUAAUGUACCGUACCAAGGAGCAUCAUGAGAGAUUUGUGUGUUGGGGGGGCGGGGGGUGUCACAGAGUCCCAAGUACCCCUUUUGCAAAACAUGUGCUUUCAGAAAGACUAACUAAACAAGUGGAAAAAGAAUCCAAAACACAAUAAUUAUUUGUUGACCUUCUGCAUAAUUUUUUUCCAAUGAAUGACGGGAUGUUUAUUCUGUUAGCAUAAUAGGCCUGCAGACGUUGCACAGUUCCUUACUGUUCUGGUGCUAAAUGUUUAUUUUAAGAUGCAAUGUACAGUGUGUUUUCUGAAUUUAUGUACUUAGUAAAUACUAUAUGUUGGUCUCUAUAGAAUUUGAAUUUUUUUAUCAAGUAGUCUAUAUUCAGUUUGAAAUAGAGCAGCAUAUUGGCAUUGUAAUAUACUGUAAGUGUGAGAUGUCAUACUUUUAUAAAUAUAGAUUAAGACUGCAGGCAGCACUCGAGGAUUUCUAACAGAAACAUCAUUUUGUGUGAUAACAUUAUUAUAUUGUGUCAUGUUUUCUUGAUUAAAGUGUUUGUUCUUUUUGGGCGAUAAAGUAUUUACAAGUCUAUAGAAAAUUUGGCUGAGUAUUUUUCCUUGUCUUUUGUCUUUCCU